GCUGGCUAGUUAGUUGCACGCGGAGGCUGGGCAAGGGGCAGUCCCAUUACCUGCGUGCAGCCAUGCCGGGCAAAACCGUGCUCCCCAGCCGGGGGGAGGCGCUGCCAGGCAGACCGCAGAGACACCCUGUGGCAGCCAAGCAUGCCGUCAGCGGGAACGCGACGCUCCCGCCGUUCCCAGAGGGAAUGCAGAUGGCCAUUUUCGGCAUGGGAUGUUUUUGGGGAGCCGAGAAGAUGUUCUGGAAGUUGCCGGGCGUCUUCUCCACCCAGGUGGGCUAUGCAGGAGGCUUCACCCCAAACCCCACCUACAAAGAAAUCUGUACAGGUCUGACCGGACACGCGGAAGUGGUCAGGGUUGUGUACGACCCACAGAAGACCAGCUACGAGGCCCUUCUCAAAGCCUUCUGGGAGAACCAUGACCCCACCCAAGGCAUGCAGCAAGAGGAGGAUGUGGGCACACAGUAUCGUUCGGUCAUCCACACGUUCGGAGCCCAGCAGAGGGAUGCUGCCCUGAAGUCGAAGGCGAUAUAUCAACAGGAGCUGGCCAAACGGCAGCUGGGGCCCAUCACCACUGAAAUCCAGGCAGCCGGGGAGUUCUAUUACGCAGAGGAUUACCACCAGCAGUACCUGCACAAGAGCCCCAAGGGAUACUGCGGCCAAAAGGGGACCGGCGUGACCUGUCCCAUCCGCCCCGCAGCUGAACAAGAGUCAUGAAGGGAGUAUGGCUGGGAGCCAUGGUGAUCAACACCCACGAGCAGUUGCCAUGGGAACGGAAGCAGCCUAGUACCUCAUUUUAAGCGCCCCUCGGGAGCGCAGGUGGCUUUUCUUUUCCCAGCCACCUCUGGACCCAGCUGGACGGCCUGAUUCACAGACGUGACGGGUUCUGCACCGGGGAAACUGCCCCUUGAGUCCCCUCCUGCCCUGCGUUUCUGGAUGGUUACCAUAGCGCUGGGGAUGUCCAAGGGUCUGAGCCCCGGCGAGGCCCCAAGGUUCAGAGAUCACCCCUCGGUCCUGAUCGCUAUGCGGUUGCCUCCAGGCUGAGAUGGGGGGUCUUGCCCUGGUCCCGUUGGCCCUGAUUGAAGAGGAAGCCUCCUGGAGCUAAUCCUGCACAACCACCAGCCUUCUGGCUCCUCGUCCUGAUCUGCUCACACCUAUGCCCCCCCCCUUCCCUCCAGAGCAUCCUCUGGGGUCGCUUCGAUUCACUGGGAGGCUGGAGCAUAGGAGAGGGGGGUAACUCGCUUGCUAACCGCCUGGAGAAUUUCCUUGCCACGGCCAUUACAGCAUCUGUCACACAUGGACCAGCAGGACUGGCCACGGGACAGGGCAACCUCGGCACCACAAUGUGAGGCAAGGCCAAGAGUUUUUGCUGCUGGAUUUGGGAGGGUCUGGACAGACUGGGGAUGCAGGGACCUCGGGGCAGGCAGCAAACACUCUGCUCUGUCUACCUGGCUUUGCUAGACCCCCCUGGGAAAGCUGCAACCCGCCCCUGUGGCCAGCUGGAGCCUCACCCCUCACGUUUGGUGGAGAAGGAGCUGGGCCAUCGCUGAAAGUGGUUGAGGCCUCCCCAUGGAGAGAGCGGGGACCUAUUAACUUGCCGCCGUUAGACUCCAGGCCAAGAAGCCCCCUCUCCUGGGGCUUAGCCCUGGCCUCUAGCCUACCCCUCCCACAUCACCCUUGACAAUGAUACCAAAGCACCAAGUCUCCCAGCUCCACUGGUCUCCUGGAUCCCCAGUGGCCUGGAGAAUGAGACUCCCCAAGCAAUGGACACAGGUGCUGGCCGGGUUAGCAACCAGCAGCCCUGCCCAUCCCAUGAGCAGCAGGGUUUGUUAAUGUGCCCCGGGGGCAGCCGUGAAUGGGGAGAGCUUGUAAUGGACUCUGCCCCAGGGGACUGGGAAAGCAGUCACUGAAUCCCUUUGGUGCCUGGUUCGACCUCCUCCCGAUCUGAACCCUACCAGGGGAGGAGAGACAUCUCGUGGGCUGCUGUCUGCUCGCCUGUCCUUUACUCUCUGCUCUCCCACUGCCUGGGGAGCGAUGCUAGCCUAGGGCUGUUCCCGCGCUCCCUGCUGGGGCUGCCCUAACUCAUAUGGUCCUGGGGGUCCCACCCCUCCGUCGGGAUUCCCAGCCAGUGGCACACCCCCCAGCCACUUAUUUCACCGACGGUUCCCCAGGAACCUGCAGUUCCCCCACCCCCGCAUGUCAAUUGCUUCCUCAGGGCCUGCUGGUGCCCUCUGAAGAGUUUGCUCCUUGCCCCUCACUGCAGCGAUUGCCAGCCUGGCCUUGCCCUCUAGCUGGACGGGAGAUCAACUUCUUCCCUACGUCUGCCUGGCCCUGCGUCCUCCCUGAAGCCCCUGCCGGUCUUUCUCACCCAGCCAGCUCCGUCUGACAGGCUGCCCUGCCCCUGAGCUCCCAUCACAUGCUACCCUGCCCAUGCCCAAACCCACCACCCGGAAGGCAGAUAACUAGGCACAGAUGGGGCUGAGCCCAGCUCCCCUUAAAGGGCCAGCCCCCCUCUCUCCCGCCCUGACAGCAGCAGCCACCACCCAGUCUGCACCAGCAAAGAGACCCUGUGCUCGGCGCCAGGGUUGCCUACUGCCAGCUGGGGAGCGGGCGUCGAACUCCCCUGGGCAGAGAGGUGGCGUUUAAAUUGACGCUCACCCGGGUGGGGCCGGCCGUGUUCCUAAUUGGCCCUGUGCCAUUUUGAUCCUCUGCAAUGAUCCAGCGUCUCUUGGGCUGCGCUGAAUAAAUGAAGGGAUCGAUUUAUUGACGGCA